AUGCACGCUGACGUUCGGUUCCCGCGCCUACUGGCCCUCUUGGCCCUCGCCGUGCACCUGGCGAAUGCCUUCUACAUCCCAGGCUGGUCCAUCAAGAGCUACGCCGACGGCGAGACCAUUCCGCUUUUCGUGAACAAGGUCUACUCGGACAAAACCCAGCUGCAGUACGCCUUUGCCGACCUUCCGUUCGUCUGCCCACCUACUGGCCGCCGCUCUCCCGGCGCCAGCGGCGCCACCCUGUCCCUGAAUCUCGGCGAAAUUCUCCGCGGCGAUCGCAUAAUCUUAUCCGACUAUGAGCUAGUCAUGGGCGUGGACGACGAGGCGAGAUACUUGUGUACUACCACGGUGGACAGGCGUGGCCUGGAAAAAGCAAAGGAGAUCGUCAAGGACGGCUAUGUCGCCGAGUGGAUCGUGGACAACAUGCCCGGUGCGACGAGCUUCGUCACGACGGACAAGUUGCGCAAGUACUACGCCGCUGGCUUCAAGAUGGGCUACGAGGAUUUCGACCCCGCCACUGGCAAGCCGCGCUUCUACAUCAACAACCACGUUACCCUCGUUAUACGCCAUCGCCCCGCCCCUGGACGCGACGGCGAGCAUGGAAAGAAGGUCAUCGUUGGCUUCGAAGUCUACACCAAGAGCAUUGAGGCCGGCCACCGCGACAAGAACGGAAUUCCCAAGGAUCUCCACAAUACCGAGCAAGGGCUCGAGCUGCGCAUACAGCCGAACAUGACCGACCUGCAGACGAGAUACGCCGACUCGUCGUACAUUCCAGACGAGGAAAACAUCGAUGAUGAUGCCACGUUGACAAUCCCUUACACCUACUCGGUCUACUUCCGCGAGGACGACCACGUGGAAUGGCAGAACCGGUGGGACAUGUACUUUGUGAAUCAGGAGGACAGCUCCAAGAUUCAUUGGAUUGCCAUCAUCAACUCUCUUCUGAUUUCGGCGAUUUUGACGGCUACGGUUGCUGUCAUCUUCACCAGGACGGUUCGUGGCGACAUCAAGGGUACGAGUGACAUCGAGAAACCCAAGAUUCCGCGUCCGAGGAACCCCAAAUCUCCCAGGAAGAGCGCUGAGAAAGGUGGCCUUUUGGAGCAACUGGAUGACGAUGGCGACGCUGACGUCUCGUCGGAUGAGGAGGCGCUGGAGGAUAUCACGGGUUGGAAACUUCUCCAUGGCGAUGUCUUCCGCGCCCCGGCAUAUGGGGGAUUGCUGGCUCCUCUCGUUGGCUCUGGUUCGCAGUUGGUGUUUGUGGUGACGGGUCUGCUCAUUCUGAGCGCCGUCGGCGUCCUUAACCCGAGUUUCCGUGGCGGCUUCAUCAGCGUCGGCCUCGCGCUCUUCAUACUGGCUGGCAUAUUUUCUGGCUACUUCUCUGCGCGAGUCUACAAGACCUUUGGCGGGCAACGCUGGCAGAAGAACGUGAUAGUGACUGGCACACUUAUUCCGGGCCUCAUCUUCGCUACCAUCUUUAUCCUUAAUCUCUUCGUGUGGGCGCAAGCGUCAAGCACUGCCAUUCCCUUCGGCACAUUGGUCGCAUUGCUGGUCUUGUGGCUGCUCGUUCAGCUUCCGCUCGUUUACGUCGGCAGCUGGUAUGGUUUCGAGAAGGUCGGCGCAUGGACCCAUCCGGUGAAGCCGAACACGAUUCCCCGCCAGAUCCCCGCUCAGCCCUGGUAUACGAAGGGCAUCCAGUUUUUCCUCCUCGCUGGUUUGCUCCCGUUCGCCGUUAUCUUCAUCGAGCUUCUCUUCGUUUUCAAGAGCCUAUGGCAAGACAAGAGCGGGUACUACUACGUCUUUGGAUUCCUGGCCGCCGUUUGCCUUAUUCUAUUCAUCACUGUCAUUGAGGUGACCAUAAUCGCAACUUACAACCAGUUGUGCUCAGAGAACUACCACUGGUGGUGGCAAUCUUUCUUCGUGGGCGGCGGCUCGGCUCUUUGGGUUUUCCUGGCCUGCACGUGGUACUAUUUCUUCAAGCUUCGUAUCACGGGAUUCGUUUCCAGCAUGCUCUUCUUCUCCUACAGCUUCCUUGCUUGUCUGGUAUACGGUCUUCUCACGGGUACUAUCGGCUUCCUUGCUGCGUACGCUUUCGUGCGUAGAAUCUACGGAGCGAUCAAGGCCGACUAA